UUCGCCCACGCCAUUAUGAGUAAAGUUGAUCUAGUGCGUGUGGUACUACACAAUCUCAUUGUCGAAUCUCAAGCUCCAUACACGCCAGACAUCAUUGUGAGGCAUUUUCGUGCCACACACGAGCAGCGUCUCUCAUCUAACGAGCUGCUGCAUUUACUGGCAACCAUCAGCCAAAAGCGGCCAAACUUUCAAACAGUGAUCACCGAGGUCACCCAUAUACUUAAGACGAAGGAUCCUAUGUACGCACUGCUUGUAUUCAUCGAACGAUUCAGCUGCGAAGAUAUCGCCGGUAGCCACUUUAAGAUUGAAAUGCCCUCAGCAACAAAUCAGAGCAGUACUGGCUCUCCUGUCAGUGCCUUGUCCUUGGCGAGCUUUGCUCCAAGUGCGUCGACUAGGAGUCUAACUGACGAUAGUGCCAUACAAACAUUGUCAAAGUCCCAAAGCAUUCCCACAUCAACUCCCAUGAAUUGUCGUAGAAGCGAAGUAUCCCCAGUCCGCUCCACGGGGGGAUUAUUUGGACGACGCAACCAGAAUCUAAAACUGUACCAUCAGAAGCAGAAAACCGAUCCAGAACGCGCCGAUUUGAGUGUGAUCAAAGAGCGCGUGCUGAUGGCAGUUUCCAGCAGUUCUCUGAGUAACUACCGUCCGCUGGGAAGUACGGAAGUUAAUUUGAUGAAGUCCUCCGCCAGUAUUAAGACCAAUAGCUCCACUAGCUCUGUUCUAGCGGCGGCGACCGGUUUGCCGGAUGAGUAUCGCACACACAUGCUCUGGGAUUACUGCAAAGUGGAUGGAAACAAAACGGUGCAGCCGGAGCUUGGCGCCCUGCCUCUGGAAAGCCAGCAGCGGGUCCUUCUAAAAGAGCUGAUCCAUUGUCUGUGUGGCACCCGAGGGAACUUUAUUGUCCCUCUGCCGCCAGAUGCGAACAGUACAGGCAUUGCUAAGUAUGAAACAUAUUUCACUAUCCAUGCGCACCUGGAUAAAUCGCUAACAGAGCUGCUGCAGGAUAUCCUUCCCCUAGCCUCGUACUUUAUAGGCAUUCAAAAAAUGAUGGCGGCCACUGAUGGCCACGGGCAGGUCGUUAACUCUCUUAAUGCGGCUCUCCAAGAUCUAACCAACGAUUUCUACGUGCUGGUUGUACAAGCUGAGCAGGAGCUACAGCAGCAGCAGUUGACGGUUCAGAAGCUUCUGUACUACCUACAGCCGACCAUCUGGGUGAUGGAAGAGCUAUGGACGACGUUGGUGAAUGUGCAACUAAACGAGUUCCAGGGAGCUGCAGUGCUGACGCAUCUGCACGGGCGGAUAAAGCGGCUGGAGGGGGACAGGGCGGCCCAACAGAUAAUGAUCAAUCUGACGCACCAGGCAGCCGAGCCGUACAUGCGAAUGCUGCAGCUUUGGAUCCAGAAAGGAGUUAUUGUAGACCGCAACCGUGAGUUUCUGGUGGAGGACAACGAGGUUGUCCACCAAGGCGAGCUGCCCGAGCACUAUUCGGACGAUUAUUGGGAAAAGCGCUACACCGUGCGUCGCGAUCGGAUCCCUUCCUUCCUGGAGAAGUACUCGGACAAGAUACUGCGAACCGGCAAGUACUUGAAUGUGAUCCGACAGUGCGGAAAGCGAGUGAUGCCCACCCAGCAAAUGGAGCUUCAGCUUGAUCCGACCAACGAGCGGCACGUGUAUGUAAUCAACGACGCCUACUACUUUGCCGCCCGCAUGCUGCUUGACGUACUACUUACGGAAAACGACCUUAUGGGGCAUCUGCAGUCGGUAAAAAAUUAUUUGUUGCUGAACCAGGGCGACUUCACCAUGCAGUUUAUGGACGCCUGUGAGGACGAGCUAUCUAAGAAUGUAGAUCUGGUGCUGCCCAUGACCCUGGAGAAUCUGCUAGGUCUUACAUUAAGACUGUCUUCGGCCCGUAAUGAUCCCUACAAAGACGACUUGCACUGCGAGCUUCUCACCUACGACCUUGUUACACAGAUGUCAAAGAUCAUGAACCAAAAGGAAGAAUAUUGGCAGUCGCAGGACCGCCUGGACCUCAGUGGUCUCGAGUGCUUCGCUUUCACCUACGAAGUCAAGUGGCCUGUCUCGCUCGUCCUCAACCAUAUCGCCAUUUCCAAGUACCAGAUGCUGUUUCGUCAGCUCUUCUUUUGCAAGCACGUCGAGCGUCAGCUUUGCAAGAUUUGGAAAGAAAACUCUAUCGCUAAGAAGUUCUCGCCGCAGGCCGCUGAGCUGUAUCGAUCGGCGUUUACUCUGCGCCAGCGCAUGAUGAAUGCCAUACAGAACCUGGAGUACUAUAUGAUGAUUGAGAUCAUUGAACCCAACUGGCACAUCUUUAUCGAGAAAAUGAAGAAUGUCGAGAACGUGGACAAUGUACUCAAGCUGCAUCAGGACUUCCUGGACUCGUGCCUCAAAAACUGCAUGCUGACUGAGUCCUCGCACUUAAAUCGAGCCAUAUUCAAGUUGUGCAAGAUCUGCCUCAAGUUUUGUGACUUUAUCCAGCUCUCGCAGCGUUUUUUCCUCGACGCUGAGCUCAAGUCAAUGGUCUGUGACUCCAGCGACGACAAUACAAAUAACUCCGACGUUGAUCAGGGAAACUCGAAUUGUCCACAGUUCGAGAGCUCGUUGGAUCCGACAGAUACGUUUUCGGAGCGCGUAAAACGCUUUGAUCUGGAAUUUACCGGACUGUUGAUAUCUUUUCUCAAGCAAAUCAACAAUAUGGCCAAGAAGAACACCGCCGAUCGUUUCAUGAAUCUGGUGCACCGAAUCAACUUCAACGCCUUCUACUCCGAUCAAAUGGAAAAGCUUUGCGUCAAAGAUGCCAUGGGCUGAUUCAAAGGAGCACGCGACAAGUAAUACCAAAAGCAAAGAAGAUGAAGCAGUAUAAAACAAACAAAAAAAAAAAAAAAACCAUCCAAGCUAAACAUGUAUUUAAUUAUUUAUAAUUUUGUUCAUUCCCAAACGCCUUCUGGUGUUUCAUAGCACACAAUAAUUAUUUUUCAUUUAGCUGUAAAGUAUCUUUUUCAUUAGAUCGUUUUAAU